AUGUUGAAGGAGGCGAUGAAUUCAAUGUACGAAAGUUGCGGUGGCGAUAUUACUAAUUCUAAUGAAAUGGAAAAUAGUCAAUCGAAGCUUUUCGAAGCGGAAUAUGUGGACUACGAUGACGACCCGUCCGCGGAGUUAUUUCGCGGCUUCGAAAAAGUUCCGAUAGUUUUGUGUCAGCGUAUAGAUAUAACGCCGUAUUUGAAAAGGAUAUCCUCCUCAACACCUGAUGUUAACAUAAAUACGACCUGUGAAAAUUCUAAAAUGGUAAAUAAGUUGCUACGAAAAUGCUCAGUUGUAUUGUUACGUGAUGAUUUAGACAAGCUCAAAGAAAUGAGUGUUUUGCCACCAAACAGCGUAUCGUGUUUCAAGUGUAAAAUAUGCAAUAAGACUUAUUCGAACGAGAAAAAACUGCAAAAUCAUCAAGAAAACAAGCACAUCGUAUACAAGAAACACGACAAAAUACCAAAACGAGUUUCUUUUUCCGAUCAUGUUGUCGUUCACGAAGUUAAAGAGUACCACAGUUGUAGAAAAUGUCCGAAAAUCUUCGAAGACUACGAAACACUCAAAAUCCACAUGAAACGGAAGCAUAAAAAGCGAAAAUGCUACAUAUGCUGCUACUGUGCGAAAGGUUUCGCUGAUAGAACCUUGAUGAAAGUACAUAUAAAACUACACUGUGAUUCCUGCGGCUUACUGCUGGCCAGCAAGAAGAAAUAUUCAGAACAUAGACGUUAUGUAUGCAGAAUUAUUAAAAAAUAUGAAUGCAGGACAUGCAGCUUGUCUUUCUUUAACUACAUGGACUUGAAAGAUCAUAGCUACGAUCAUCUUGGUACAUUUUUCAUAUGCGACAUAUGUAAGGAUCAGUUUGCUAGUAAAUGUGAGGUGGCACACCAUAUAAAGUUUCUUCACACCAAGAAACAGACCGAUGAAUUGUAUUCGAAACAAAUAUUAGGAAUAGACAACGUAUAUAAAUGCAAUUUCUGUCAAGAGAGUUCGGAUGAUGUAGACAUAAUAGAAAAGCACGUGUCAACGCUACCAGAUUUACAGAACAUAGCAAUGACUGGUUACGACGACUAUUACUUCUGCGACCAGUGCUUAAAAAAAUUUAGCACUGAAACAGAUAUGCUACAACACAAAUGGACGCACUUUCUCAAUACGUCAGAUAAUUCAAAAUUAAAACAAAAUAUAGUAAAAACGUCGUACCAAGUUGGUGAAGAACUACCGGCAUUGUUACAACCGAAACUCGUAUUAGAAAAACUUGAACUUCCCGAAGAACCCAACAAGCGAUUGAAGGCGCUUCUUGAAAAAGAUUCUCUUAAAGGUCAUUGUCAAGAUGUUCCCAUUGAAACGCAUCUUAUUGAUAGUAAUCGUUUGAAUUUGAUUGAAAUACCAAAAAAGCCAGUUAUCGAUCCGCUAACAAAAAAGACUCUUAUAUCAAAACAUCAGUGUGAGAAAUGCUUUAAAUACUUUUCAUCGAGAUACUGUUUGAAUCGUCACCUGCAAUGUGUACAUGGUGUUGUCAAGGAAACGGGUAAACCUUCGGGUAAUAACCUUCAAUGCAACGUCUGUGAAGAAUUUUUUGUAUGGCCAUCGUUGCUUCAAAAUCACAAAUGUAUACGUAUUAAUAGACCGGAAAUGCCAUUUGACGAUGCACGACCGGAAGUACACUUCGAUAAUUACAUAGAAGGAAAUGAAAAUGCUCUAAACAGUAUGGAUACUGCUGAUGAUGAUUACACGAACGGCUUGGACUUUGAAAUAGCAGCACCAAUCGUUCAGCUCACCGAGUAUGAGGAUUUGAACAUUGUCGUCAACGGUGGUGAUGGUCAAUUGAACAUAAUUAAUAAUAAAGCCUGUCCGUUGAGUAAUGAAAAGACUAUUAAUAAUUUAGGCUAUAGAUUAGUUAUGCAAGAAGUACCGAUUGAAUUUUAGGCUAUUUUGAUAAUGUAAAGCUAAGGUUUUUUUCUGUAUAGAUUGAUAUAAUUAUAUUAAUUAUGUAAGUGAUUUGAGGGUAGAUCGACAUUGCUUUAAAUGUUUUUUUUUUUAACAUUGUAAAAUAUGUUUUUAGAUGUAAGAAAUAAAAAAAAAACAAAAGAAUUAAUUCCGUUUUUAUUCUUAUGUUUUUAAAAUAAGUUAAAUUUUAUGUAAAAGUACAGUGAUAUAAUUUUUUUUUUCUAAGUAAAAUUAUCUGUAAUCUGAUUUUGGGUGCUUUAUUACAAUUUUUUUUUUAUUAUUACAGAACGUUAAUACAA